UUCAAUAGAUUAUAAAAAAUAUAUAAGUAGUAUUUCAAUGUAAAUCAUUAUUUUUUGAAAAUAUUAUCUAAAUUGAUAAUAAAGUUGAUAUCUUAAUGUCAUAUCGUGCAGCCCAUCUACAUCCAACUAAAAAUAUUCUCUCAGUCGUGGAAAGUCCAAGCUUCAAACUGGACAGUUUUUAUACAUUUUUUAUUUAUAUAUAAAUAUAUGUAAACAUCUCAAGGAAUAUAAAAUGGUUGUUCAUAUUUAUAAUUAGCAAUAAAUGUGCAGUGGAAAAAAAAUUGAUUACUAAUUAGUCGUAUUAAUUUUAAAUUAAAAUUCAUUCAAAUGAAACCGUGCGAUUUAAAUUUGAAAAUGAUCGUGCCGUCAAGUGCUGGAGUAUUAAUCGUAGCAUCGGGACUGUGUUUGUAUUUAAUAAAUAAUUUUCGAAAAAAAAAGUCAAAGGAAAGUGUAAAUAAAGAACAAGCUGACGACAGCAGAUGCUCUUGCUGUUUAAAACCGUUUAUUAUUGGCAAAGGCGUUGAUUGCAGCGACUGCAAAUCACGAAUCUGCAAAAAAAGUUGCAGUCACUGGGACUUUGAGGACAAUAAUUGGCACUGUCUGUUUUGCAAUCACCGAAGAUCGUGGUGUAAAAGAAACGAGAAGUGGUUUGAGACAUUCGGAGGCGUGGAAUCAAAUGCGUUUAAAAAAUUAUUUACUACCACGGAGUCACUUUGUAGUAUAGAAGACGAGCAUGUUUUUAAUUCGGGUCCCGAGUUGGCAGCUGGCGGUUACGAAACCACGAACUCGAUGGAAAAUGUCCGCGAAAUAAUUGAAAAAAUAGUCGAAAGUCUCGUAGGAAAUGUUGACAAUACUCCGAUUGAUCGACUCUACACCCACGAAGCAUAUAAUAAGUUAAUCGACGAGUAUGGUGCAUUACUGUCACGGAUUAUCAAACAUUUGGAGAAUUAUUUUCAAUCAUAUUCACACAAACCAGCCACAGAUAGACCUAGUAUGGCGCACACAGCUCUGCGUGAGCUUGUUGAACGUGCGGUUGAUGAGGCCCGCAAACUACCGGGACUUGGAGAUACAGUAUCUACGAGAACACAGCAAAAUACUAGUAUCACCGAGCAAACCUACGAGGAUCUACUCGCUGCUGCCAUACUAAAUAAAGUAAUCGAAAAGUACCAAAAAGAUGCAGACGGUAAUAGUCAUGUACACGAUAGUUCGUCGAGAAAAUUUAUAAAUAACAGAAGUAAAAUGAGUUUAGACAAAGAAUUAGAAGACGAACUGACGUCACCGGAUUCCAGUGAAAAUAAAAUCCGACGAAGGAUUUGUUCGGACCCACUAUCACUUACGAUCGAAGAACAAAUUGAAGAAAUAACAACGACGUAUACAUCUGAUGAAGAACCAGAAUGUAUGAAAAAUAGUAUUCUUAAUUUUAAUAAUUCGAAACGUGUCCCAUUUCCGGAAUUCGGAAUGGAUAUCGUUGACCCUUCGCAAGAAUCAUCAGAUAACAGCGAAGAUGAAGUCGAUGCAGCUCACGUAGAUCACAUAACACCAGUCGAGUCAUGGGAAGAAAAUUGGCUGUUCCAAAAGAAGAAAAUCGCCAUUAAAUCGGAGCCAGUGGCCAUGCUGGUGCCGAACCCUAGCGCCGAUUACCGGGCUCUCAUUGGCGACAAAGACGCCGAGGACACGUCAGACUUGUCUGAAUUUUCGGCCCAAUCUGACGACGAAAUCGAGGAGGAAUUGAUUCAGGUUAUCAGCCAAGUCAGGCAUCAAGAAUCUUGUGAUACCAAAGACAAAGAAAUUAUCGCGCGUAAUUUGAAUGACGAACGAAUUGAAACACAGGUGCAAGUUGACUCUAAUGAAGCGCAGCCGAUUUGUCACAAGACAGCGGAAACUGACGAGGAAAUUGACAGAGACGUUGGCGGGUUUUCAGUUACAAACGGCAAUGACGUAAAGUCCAGUGAUGAUUUGGAGGAGAGAAUUUUAGUAGAAAAUAAUGAAAUGACAAAUAAUUUAAAUGGAAUUGAACGAGUGCCAAAAACUCCAACUUCUACGCCGACUAGAAAUUCGGUCUGCGAUAACGAAGUUACGGAAAUAAAUAAAAGUUAUUGUGAUUUUGAAAAACUGAAUGCUAAACUCGAAUCUAUUGAUAUUGGGACGGAUGUUGAUGAUAAUGAGCUAUCAGUUACUGAAAAUGAUGGUGAUGGUGACGACAAUUCGAAGGAAAUUCAAAUAAAUACAGAAGUUGAGGGAGCGAAUGAAAAUUUCGAUGCAACUGAAGAUGGGAAAUGUCGCGAAGCUGCGGCUAAAAGCGAGUCUAAGAUAUCAGGAACAAAGUCAUUGGAACGGAGUAAAAAAAUCAAAGAUAAGGACCUUGAGCUGUCGGCUCCACCGCGACCAGGCACGAUCGCAGAACGUGAGCACAAAAAGUGGGAAAAUGCGGCACCUAUUGAAAAUAAUCCUUACAGUCCUGAGAAUAUCAACAAGAGACUUUUGGAACGGCAGUACGCCACCAGAUCAUCAGAAGUCACCGGAAAUUCUACCGUUUUACCAACUAGUCAAAGUCCUCCACUGCAAAUCGUUUUUGCAACGAAUCGACCAGAUAUCAAAAGAUUUGGCCGGGAUUAUUAUAUAAAUGAAGCGAAAUCUCCACGAGGUGAAAAAUUCCAACGUCCAGGAACAUCAAAUUCCAGUAGACCCAGCAGCUCAUUGUCUCAUCAUUCAAGUUCUAUUGGGAGUGAUUUCGAACAGCAGGAACCCUUCGAGCCAAUCGAAGCGUCCAAGUCGCUGAUAAUCACACAGUCGCAAAAUAAUAAUAAAUAUUUUGAACGCGAGCGCAAGAACAGCAAAAACGAAAUAAACGCAAAAUUAAACAAUCAGGGUACAAAUAAUAUCACUAGUGACAACAAAAACACUUUUGACGAAGAUAACAAAAGGAAAAUAAGGAGAAUCGACUUGCGGGCUUACGGUUUCGAGAAUGAGUUCUAUGUAAAUAAUAACAAUAAUCACAAUAAUAAUAAAGAUUUUGAAAAAAUUCAGAGGAUUCCAAAUAAACUCGACCUCAGGUCAUUUGGAUACGACUCUGGGCUAAGGAGGACGCAGUCCAACAAUCAUUUGGACAGUAAAGUCAACAAUAGUUUUGUCAACUUGAAGAUAAGUGACGACAAUAACAAUAAUACUGAUGGCAAUGAGGGAGUAAUCGGGAAAAUAAAUUUGAACGAUGACUACUGGGCCAAAAGUACUGAAGCUCUGAACGAGGAAAAGAAAAUAAUUUUUGAAAAAUUCAACCGUAUAAAGGCCGCAAAGUCGGUCCCCAAUAUCGUCAGUGCCAAGACGGAAAACUAUUACACAACUGCAUCGUCUUCGACGAGCGACGAAGACGAAAAGCAUUUUGUUGAGCAAUUGACGCGCGACAAUGAUGAGAUAAAAAUGUAUGGGAACGAUUCGAUUAAGGAGAGAAUCAUAAAAUUGAUUGAUGGAGAGGUCACUAAUUCGAGUGACUUUAAUAGUUAUGAGACGGACUCGCAGAGCUCGAAGACAGAGUCGACGGAAGAGCUGCCGAGGAGGUUUUCGACGUUAAAAGAAAUCAAAUAUUCGCUAGAGUCCCUUGAUGGGGUCGACAAGUUUAGUGACAAAGAAUUGCCGAUGCCUUCGGUCAAAAAAUUGGCCCAGGCUUUUAAUACACCGGAAACUACCAAGACUACGAAAUUAAGUAAAAAUUUAAAUAAAGAACGACCAAAUACUCCUGAAAUUCAAAUAAUAAAAACACCGAGACAAAUGCACAGUCUUACUGCAAGAUCGCUGUCCAAAGAAUUCCGCGAGGGUCUGAGACAAAUUUCAGUAAAACCUCAAGCCCCGCAAUUGCAGAGUUUGAAUAUCGAGCAGUCAAAAUUACUGAUUGCAUCGGAAAAAAAUUCAAGCAAUUUCGACAAAUCCCUUGACAUCGACGUCAUCGCGCCCGGGAAAAUAAAAAACGGACUCGAGUUUUGGGAGCAGCUUCAGAAACGAAACUAAACGAUAUUUGUAAAAUUAUACAUACAAAUAAUUAUUGUUAUUAAUAAAUUUAUCUAACUUAUAAUUAUUA